ACUGGGUUAAAAAAUAAAUAAAUAGAAUUUAGAAAAUUAAGCUUUAAAAAUGUGUGCAGUCUACGAUUCAGUUAUUAAGGAUUUCCAAUGUAAUCUAAGUAAUUUUGUUCAUUCUGUAGAAAAUAUGGCAAUAUCCACUAAAAAUAUUGCACAAAUAAUGAAUCAUGUAGAUCCAUCGACAUCUAUUAAUAAGAGUUAUAUAGCUUUAUUGGAAUGGAGUCAGAAUUUGUUUAUGUUGGCUGAACGCUUUGAAGCGGAUUUUAAAUCACAGCUAACAAAUUGCAUUGAUAAAGAGAUUGCACAGCCUGAAUCAUGUACAAUUCGUAUGACGAUGGGAAAUAUUUAUGAGAAAUAUCUAUUUUUCCUGAAUCAUUUAGCACAUUCAUUGAUUGACAUUGAUGAACAAUCACCUUUAUCAGCGAGUAAUGUCGAUUGUCAAAGCUCAGCAAGUGCUCCACAAAAUUCACAAGCUGCAUUACAAAGAUUUCGUCUACAACAACAGUCUUAUCGGCGAUGGAGUGAAGCAAAUGCGAUGGAAAACAAUAAAAACAGUGAAUCCAAUUUUGACAUUAAUAGACGAUGGUCAAUGCCUACAUCAACAAAUGUAAAUAAAAAUCGUAUGAAUGUAAUUCCAAAACUAGCUGGUCUAGUUGGACAGACAGUACAACAACAACAGCAAUUAUCUCAAUCAUCGAAUAACGAUUCAAGUGAUGAAUGGGCAGCAAUUCAGCUCCUAUCAUUACGACCUCCAAUUCCGUCACGGCCUGUUUCACAAAUGCAACACAAUUUACAGCCCAUACAAUAUCAAGUCAGGAAUACACAGCCUCAACAAGCGUCACGUUCACAACGACAGUCUCGAGGUGAGUUAAACGAGAUAUUAAUUCUACCACGACCGAAUGACUCACUGUUCCUUGGACGGUGUCAACAAAUUGCUGAAAAUAUUCGUGGUGAAAGUGAUGAAUAUUAAAAGUUAUUGCAUUUAUGAAUCUCUCUCAAAAUUACUGCUUUUUGAUACAUAGUUCAUAGAAAAGUGCUGUUCUUCUUUUU